AUGGCAAAACAUAGUCAAAAGAACUUGGUUAUUUCAUUUAAUAAUAAAAUCCAAUGCACCAUGAAAAGUUCUAGUCAGAAUGUAAAUAAAUCCGAUUCAAAAGAAAAAUUAAAAAGGUGCACUUAUUUCUAUAAAGUUUUAUUAUGUUCCAUUUUUAUCUGGAUAUGUCAAUGUUUUUAUAAUAAUUCUUAUUAUGUGUAUAAAAAAGAUGGAAUAAGAUAUAAAGGAAAGAAAAUAUUAGGUAUAAGAAUUAAUAAAUCCUUAGCCGAAAUGGAUCAUAGAAAAUAUCACCCAGAAUAUGAUUAUGAUUCUCAAGAAAAUUAUGAAUCAUAUUAUGGAGUUAAUCAAUAUAGUGAUGAAAGUGAAUCAUACAAAUCAGAAGAUGAUGAAUCUGAAGAAGAAUAUUAUAAUAAUACACCUCGUGUGACUGUAAUGGAACCCCAUACUGAGAAUAGUGAAGUGGAAGAUAAUUAUGAAAAGACUAUUGUAGAUGAACUUAAUGAAUUACCAAAUGAUAAAAAAUCAUUAAUAUUAUCUUAUAUAAGAAAUGGAAAUGAUAAUAAUAUGCAAUUAUUACCUCAUCCAAAUAAUAAACAAAAUAACCAAGAAAAUGUAUCUCCUAAUAGAGAUUUCUUUAGACAUUUUAUGGAUUUCGUUAAGGGAUAUAAACUUUUUGAUUCACCUGUUUUAAAUGCAUUAUUACCAUUUUUAUUUAUAGCUUUUGUAUAUUGUACAAUCACAAUGUUAGUAGGUAACGUACGUUAUAUUAUAGCACUUUAUAUAUUAGCAAAAAUAUUAAAAAUGCAUUAUGACUACAAACAUAAAGACAAUAACAAUAAUAAUAACAAGAAUAAUAAUAACAAUAAUAAUAAUAAUAACAGUAACAAUAAUAAUAAUAACAGUAACAAUAAUAAUAAUAACAGUAACAAUAAUAAUAAUAAUAAAUCAAAAAGAAAAAAUUAG